GGCAGCCUCCUCUACUUCUCCGUGGCGCACGAGAAUUAGGGUCAUACUUCAGCUCACACCCCAUCGUAGGCCUCACUUCCCAUUACCUGUCCGGUUUGUUGAUGUUGUAACCAUUUCAGGGAAUUCGGGUCAGGGUUUAUACGCGGUUCUCGGGGCCAAAGAAAAGCGUUGGAACAGACGAUGCGGGAAGAGGACUUCUCCCCGAUGGACAGUGCGGGAAACAGCGAGGAGGAGACUGACCGUCAGCUGCCGCGGAGAGGCGCGCGGAAGCGGCGAACCGCACGGCGGAGCGCGGACACUGAGGAGGAGGAGGGAGACGCGCAGAGUCCGAGCCACGGGAAAAAGAAGUGCAGAAAGAACUGCGACGUUGGAGGCGGCAGCGCUGGGAGCGGCGGCAGCGAGGCGAGCAGCAGCCCCGCGCGCUCCUUCGAGGACCCACAGACGCAGCGCGUGAUGGCAAACAUCCGCGAGCGGCAACGGACACAGUCUCUCAACGAGGCAUUCACGUCGCUCCGAAAAAUCAUUCCCACACUCCCGUCGGACAAACUCAGCAAGAUCCAGACGCUGAAGCUGGCGGCGCGGUACAUCGACUUCCUGUGCCAAGUUCUGCAGAGCGACGAGCUGGACGCGCGGGGAACGAGCUGCACCUACGUGGCGCACGAGCGCUUGAGUUACGCGUUUUCUGUCUGGAGGAUGGGAGGCGCGUGGUCCCUGUCCACUACAUCAUAGCAGGGCAGACGUGGAUGGGACAAACGAUUAUCCAUACUGAGGUGCCAGUGAGUCAGAUCAACCUUUCAGGCAAACAGGCCAAUCACAGCUGAGGCCCACAAAGGCACAGACCGCUGUGCGUCAGGACCUGCGAGGAGAGCGGGAUUUUCAUAUUUUCCCCUUUGCUUGGACUGUAACGUUCGCAAAGGAGCACUUAGGACAGACAUGAUGGGCACGAAGAGAGAGACCACUGCGACAAUGAAUGUUGAAAAGACAUACAAACAAAAGGGAUCUCAGAGGAACUGCUCUGCUUUGACACGUUCUCUGUGGCAGUUUCAACGUAGAUGAAGUAUUUUGUAUUUAUUUUUAUACACAGCAAAGUUUCCUUUACCCCUCUCAAAUAAAAGUUAUUUAUUUUCAGGAAUGCUGAGUGGAUCUGGAGUCUGCGCAUUUGGAGUGUUGUAAAUAUUUGGUAAAGUCUUGAAUAAAAAAUGAAGGCAUCUUUCA